AUGAAUUUCUACCCCGUUCCACCAGUGGUCCAGGCCGAGAUACUGAUUCGAAUCCCGGACUCGUUGCGAUGCUCAGGACAGCAGACCGAUUGGCGUAGUGGUUCCGCACUACCUGUGUCCGACAUAUUUCUGGAAGGUCCUCUAUACACCAGGAACGGAGACCUCUAUGUGACCGACAUCCCUUACGGGCGAAUUUUGAAGAUCGAUGCGAAGAAGCAAGUGACCGAGUGUGUCAGAUACGAUGGAGAGCCAAACGGUCUCGCCCUAAGAGAUGACGGCUGUAUAGUCAUUGCAGACUACAAGCAAGGACUUCUGCUCUUCGAUCCUUCAGCUGGUGUCAUAUCUCCCCUCUUAGCCCGUCGCAAUCUGGAACGCUUCAAAGGCCCGAAUGAUCUGGUCGUCUCUUCCCAGAAUGAAAUUUACUUCACCGAUCAGGGUCAGACGGGCAUGUCAGAUCCCACGGGCCGAGUGUAUCGGCUUUCUUCCGACGGAAAGCUUGACUGUCUGGUAGACAACGGUGUCUCUCCAAACGGUAUCGCUCUUUCUCCGGAUGAGCGUUUCUUGUAUGUGGCUAUGACUCGCUCUAAUGCUAUCUGGCGUCUACCUCUCAAUGCCGAUGGCAGUACCACGAAAGUAGGAUUGUUCUUUCAGUCAUUCGGAGCAUCUGGGCCGGAUGGACUCGAGGUUGACGAGGAGGGAAAUCUUUUCAUAUGUCAUCCUAGUCUGUCUUCUAUCUUUGUGGUUGACUCGGAUGGUGUUCCGAAAGCUAGGAUUGUAACUGCGCCAGAAGGAGGGAAGAACCUGACAAACUGCACUCUUGGUGGUGAGGAUGGGCGCACAAUCUUCAUUACGGAUAGCAUGAAGGGUAAUAUUCAAAUGGUGAGAUGGCACUGUAGAGGUGCAGCUAAGGCCAGACAAGAAGAUAGUAGUGUUUCAAAGUAA